GACCAGAGAGAUGCCAUUCCUCCCGGAGUGCUGAAUGAGGCGUGCCCCUCGUUUUUCGCACGCGUUAAUUUCCACGACGCGUAUGUUUACUUUUACUUUUCUCUCGGUUUUUUCGGCACCGCCUCUUUCUCGUCUUUGUUUGUUUGCGCCAAAGACGUGUUUAAUAUCGCAAAGGUUCACACAGCUCAAGACUACUCAUACCGGCUAGUUGUAAACAUUGCCGUAACCCAGCUGCCGUUCAUACAAUUGACGUGGCCGCCAUACAACCGAUCCCACCAUCCACUAUGGACAUAAUUGACCCUGCGGCCUCCGGCCCCGGAUAUGACCCCAUCCCCAAAGACCUCGCGGAGGAGGACACGGAAGACCUCACGGAUGCUAGUUCGGACGAAGGCAUCGCCGGAGAAGAACAAAAAAACGACGCAGAUGAAGACAUGCACACAGACGAUGACACCGCUCCAGCGAUUCCCGUGAACGCUUUACCGGCAACAGGCAGCUUCAAAAGCUCACGGACAAACACCACCGAUGAGGAAAAGAGCUCCGACACGUACGACGACACCUUCAUCACGAGUUGUCUCGAGCGAAUUACGGUGUUUGAAAACCAGCCGUUCAACCGCGACACGCUACAUCAGAUUCUCAGCGCGGUGAAGGAUACGUUGGUACAGCUGAGACGGGUGGUGAACAGGGCCAAUUUUCAGCACUACAUCGGGCACCAUCUGAUCUCGAGUAACCAAGAGCGUCACGAGAUCGAGACGCGGCUCUUACAGAGCGAAAUCAGGUUUCUCAAACGGUUCCAGACCGCGGACCAGCUCCGCGCGUUGAACAGCUUGAAGCAGGAGAUUGCACAUCUCAGCGAACGCAACCAACACUUGAGCCGCCUGGUGCACAAGUACCAGUACCGUGGAAAGGUGCUCAAGCUUCGGUUGAUAGAGAAAACAAAUGAGUUGGCGCUUUUAACGCAGCUGUUGCCGACUCAGAGCAGCUUUGUGGUGAGCAAGCCGUACCAGCCGAGCUAUACCGAUCACAACGUCCAGCCGACGGAUUCUAUGGAUUACGGGAGGGCGACGAGCAAUUUGUCGCAUGAGCGGUCACACCCGUACCAGUUAGGGGAGAAGCGGCGGAAAAACUCGGGGAGACGACUUUCCGCGGGCGAUUCAAGCAAUGGGUUGGAUGCUUUGGGGAUGUUGGCGUCGCGGGUGUUGAGUGAGGGCGAGGUGAGCGAGGUGAGCGAGGCAAAAGUGAGUGGAGCAAAUCAGAUAAGCCAUGUCACUCACGCGAACCCGGGCAGCCACGCAAAAUAUAGCACCCAAGCGAAACAAGGUAGCCACGUGCAUCAAUCGAGUGACGGCAACCCAACGAAUGAAGAUGAGUCAGUGAAUGAAGGUGGGCCAGUGGAUAAAAGUGAGUCUGUGAAUGAAGAUGGGGCAGUGGAUAAAAGUGAGUUAGUGAGCGAAGCUGAGCCAGUGAACGAAGUCAAUUCAGCGAGCCACACCAGUCAAAGGAAACUUCACUACAGAGCUCCCCGUCGGGAGAUUAAAUUGCAGAAGGACCAUGUUCUACCGGAACUCAUUGCGGUGCCCCUGUCGGAGGACGGCUCACGGCAUGGACUGGCAAGUGAGCUUGAGAAAUCGGUGGAAAAUUCAAGACCUGCCAAAAAGCCAAGACCCCUGAAUUGUCCAAGAUCCGUAGAACAUCCAUCUGUGGAUGCCAUCCUAAAACAUUCCAAAGACACCUCACCGGCCGUGUUACCGCCUCUUUACGGUUCAGCCUCUCAUCCCCCGCUUCUGUCCGUUUCUCCGUUGGCAAAGGCUGCUCCGUCAAUGUCCCGGAUCGACGAGAACAGGACAAUGGAUAUGGAUAUGGAUGAAACCAUCAUGGAGCCGCACACGUCGGUGAUCACCUCCAGUUAAAUAGGCACGGUGUCUAGCUUAUCGAUUACGAGAUUUAUCAGCAAAACGAGCGAGAGGGAUUAAGGAAAGCCAUUGUUAGGAGGGGCGGCGAAAGCUGAAUUAUGGCUGAAGGUCACCUGUAGCACGCGCUGCAAGAUGCAUUAUAUAAAAUGGUGCUUUGCUCAGGGUUUUCGCUGCUUGUAGAUAUUUUAAAAUAUUUUGUUUUAAUACGCUAUCCUCCCCUCUGACCGCAAGUGCGCCACCACUCU